UAUUCCACAAUUCCCACAAUCCCAGCCUUCCAAUCCAAGGUGGCUCAAAUCCAUCCUUUCCUUGGAUGAAAAAUUCCUGGGAAUUCCAUCAGGAUUUAUUGCACAAUCCCAGAUGGCUCCAAUUCCAAUCCAGCCUUUCCUUGGACGCUUCCAGGGAUGAAAAUCCUGGAAUUCCAUCAGGAUUUAUUCCACAAUUCCCCCAAUCCCAGGUAGCUCCAAUCCAACCUUUCCUUGGACACUUCCAGGGAUGAAAAUUCCUGAAAUUCCAAGAUUUAUUCCACAAUUCCCACAAUCCCAGGUGGUUCCAAUCCAGCCUUCCCUUGGACACUUCCAGGGAUGAAAAAAUCCUGGAAUUCUGGAAUUCCAUCAGGAUUUAUUCCACAAUCCCCAGGUGGCUCCAAUUCCAAUCCAGCCUUUGCUUGGACACCUCCAGGGAUGAAAAUCCUGGAAUUCUGGAAUUCCAUCAGGAUUCAUUCCACAAUUCCCACAAUCCCAGGUGGCUCCAAUCCAACUUUUCCUUGGACACUUCCAGGGAUGAAAAAAUCCUGGAAUUCCAUCGGGAUUUAUUCCACAAUUCCCCCAAUCCCAGGUGGCUCCAAUUCCAAUCCAGCCUUUCCUUGGACGCUUCCAGGGAUGAAAGUCCUGGAAUUCCAUAAUGAUUUUUCCACAAUUCCCCCAAUCCCAGAUGGCUCCAAUCCAACCUUUCCUUGGACGCUUCCAGGGAUGAAAGUCCUGGAAUUCCAUCAGGAUUUAUUCCACAAUUCCCCCAAUCCCAGGUGGCUCCAAUCCAACCUUUCCUUGGACAAUUCCAGGGAUGAAAAUUCUGGAAUUCCAUCAGGAUUUAUUCCACAAUUCCCCCAAUCCCAGAUGGCUCCAAUCCAACCUUUCCUUGGACACCUGUAGGGAUGACAAACUGCAGGAAUUCUGCAAUCCCACCCAGCUUUCCUCCCCAGUCCCCUCCAGCCCUCCGCGGCCCCGGCAGUGCCAGAGCCGCGGGAAUGUGGGAUUUGGGAAUCGUGUCCGUGUUGGCAGCUGCUGCGGGAGGAGCUGCUGAGCUGCGGCACCGUGCUGCACAUCGCGGAGCUGCCGGACUCGGGCUUCUCCGACCACGACAUCAAGAGGCUGGUGCAGCCCUUCGGCAAGGUCAGCGACCUCAUCGUGCUGCGCUCCCGCAACGAGGCCUACCUGGAGAUGAACUACAAGGAGGCCGUGAUCGCCGCCGUCAAGUUCGGGGAGACGGCGCCGCUGCUGCUGAACGGGAAACGCGUCCGGAUCAGCGUGGCCGAGAGAGCCCCGGCGAAAAAAACGGUGAAAAAAAAAGUCCUGAACCCCAAAAAAACCCCAACAACCACCAAGAAAGUUCCCAGCACCAACAGCAAGAGCCCCAAAGUCCUGACAGGGAAAAAGGAAAAAGUGAAGAAAACGUUGGGAGAGAAGAAAGUGAAGAAAGCCCCAGAGGGGGAAGGAAAACCAACGGUGGAGGAUUCCGGGAUUCCGGCCGAGGCCGGGCUGGAAAUCCCGGGCUUGGAGCCCUCAGACCCCAAAAACCCCCAUCCCAAGGAUCCCCAUCCCAAAAACCCCCAUCCCAAGGAUCCCCAUCCCAAAAACCCCCAUCCCAAGGAUCCCGCUCCCGAACCCUCCCCGGAGCAGGACGGGCCCGAGGAGGCCGGGCCAGCCCUGGAGGCGGGGCCAGAGCCUGCGGUGAGCGAGGAAGGCACGGAUCCAGGAGGGGAGGCCGGCGCCGAGGCGUGCUGCGUGCUGCUGGUGUCCAACCUGCCGGCCAAGGGCUGCUGCGCCCGCGACAUCGCCGGCCUGGCCCGGCCCUUCGGGGGCCUGCGCGACCUGCUGCUCGUCUCCUCCCACAAAAAGGCGUUCCUGGAGAUCCCCUGCAGAGCUGCAGAGUCCAUGGUGAAGUUCUACGGCUGCUUCCCCAUGUGCCUGGACGGGAACCAGCUCCAGAUCCGGCACGAGCCCCGGCACCGCAACCUGCGGGAUGAGGAAGCAAUUUUCAUUGCUCUCAUCAAGGAGGCCGAUCCCAAGGCGGACGCUGCCUCUCUCCGCUCUCACCUGGUGCACCUGGGGAACCUCCCUGCCGAGGGCUUCCGCGAGCUGGAGCUGGUGUGUGCGGGGCUGCGCUUCGGCAAGGUGGAGCACUACGCCGUGCUCAGCAACCGCCACCGGGCCAUCCUGCAGCUGGACAGCCCCAAAUCCGCACGCUCCAUGCACAGCUUCCUGCAGCAGUAUCCUUAUUCCAUAGGAGAGCACACACUCACCUGCUCCUUGUCCUCCCACGGAGACAUUCCUGAGGCUGAAACCGGGAAAAGGGAAGUGAAGAGAGAAGACAGGAGCAAAGGAAGCUCUGGCUUGAAAAAAAUUCCAGAGGGAUCAGGAACGGUGCAAAAACCAGCUGGAAAUCCAUCGGGAGAGGCCAGGAAAGGCCAAAUUCCCACCCCAAAUGUUGCUGAGGAGAUUCCAGCGGGACAAGUGGAGAUUCCCGAGUCGCAGGCAGGAGGAGCAGCGAGGGAAUCGCCCGCAGGGAUGGACGUGGAGGGAUUGGAUCCUGGAAUUCCCGUGGAUCCUGCUGGCAGCAAAUCACCCGGAGCGAGGUCGGAGAAGAAACCAGCGCCGCUUUCCGGAGCGGGGACGGACAAAGCCCGGGAUGAGCCGGAGCUGGGAAUCCAAAAGGAGGAUGAGGAACCCUCUGCUCCCGCUGUGGAACCCCUGGAAUCAUCCAGCAAGGUGAUCCCAGCGGCCAGAGGAACGCCAGGAGCCAUCCCUGGAAUGUCCCCGAGCUCAGAGGAGGUUCCUGCGGUGUCACCCGGUGUCACCCAGCCCAGCACGGAGCCGGCUGCUCUGGAGAAAACUCCCGUUCCUGAGGCUGGGAAAGGCAGCCAUGAAACGUCCACGGAGAGGAAAGCUGUCCCAAAAACUGUGGAUACUCCAGGGAAAAAACUGGAUGUGGCUGGAGCGGAGAGAGAGGCGACAGCGGAGGAAUCCGUGCUCAAAAUCGGGGAAAAUCCGGGGAAGAUUGUGGGCAAGGCUGGGACAGAGCCAGAGAAAACACCUGGAAAAAUAUCAUCCAGGGGUGGGGAGAACUCUGGGAAUGCUGUUGGUGAGAUGCACGGGGGAAGUUCAGUUAAAAUCCCACAAAAUAAAGGGAUGGGAGCUGCAAAAUCCGACGAAAGCCGCACGGCAGCUCCGGUAAAUCCCACUGCAUCCCUGAAGGAAUCUUGCAUUGGGAAAACCUUUUUGAAGGCAGUGGUGUCUGUCCCGGACAUCCUGAAGCAGAGAAUUCCCGUCAGGAUCACCGAGCCUUCCCUGGGAAGAGCUGGGGAGCAGAAAAUCCCCCCCAAAGCGGGGCUGGAGAAGAAAAUCCCACCCAAAACCGUGGCUCAGCCGGGAGCUGGGAACAGCCAGUGGAAGGGGAAUGGAAAUGCUGGAGUGGAAGCACAGGGAGAUGGCGGGAAGGGCUCAUCCCAGCAGGAAAAGGAUUCCCAGCUGGAAUCUCGGGCGAGUUCCAAGCAGAGCCAGCAGGGAGAGAGCGGAACAGCUGGCACGAGGGAAGAUCCCAGUGGGAAUCAGGCUCCUGGUGGGGGCGGUGCUGCAGCUUGGAAAAGCGGCGCUGCCAGCGCUGGAAAACAGAAGGAGGAGGAAGAGCUCUUCCCGUUUAACCUGGACGAGUUCGUCACGGUGGACGAGGUGCUGGAGGAAGCCGAGUCUCCGGUGGUGCCGCGGCGGAACCCCCCGAGGGGGAAGAGAAAAGAAGCCCCCAAAGCCAACCCUACGGAGCCGGCAUCCAAGAAGAGGAAAGGGAAGAGUUGCGGAGCCGAAGGUGAGCUGUCCUUUGUCACCUUGGAUGAGAUCGGGGAGGAGGAGGACGCCCCGGUGCCGCUGCCGGGCGUCGACCCCCAGGGCCUGGUGGUGGUGGAUGAGGUGGUGGAAGAGGAGGAGCUGUCGGAAGCGGUGAAGGAUCCGCAGGCGCUGCUGACGCUGGAUGAGAUCUCGGAGCAGGAGGAGCCAGGCUCCCAUGGGAAUGGGCCCCGGGUGGAAUUCGAGGAGCGGGAUCUGAAGGCCGAGCCCUUGGUGACCGUGGAUGAGAUCGGGGAGGUGGAGGAGCUGCCCCUCAACGAGCCCACGGAGCUGCGCGCCGCCGAGGAGGGAAAAACCAAUCCCAGGGAUUGCGCGGCAUCCCAGGUGCCCGACGAUCCCAACGCCUUGGUGACUGUGGAUGAGAUCCAGGAGGACAACGAGGACAAUCCUCUGGUGACUCUGGAUGAGGUUAAUGAGGAUGAGGAUGACUUCCUGGCCGACUUCAAUCACCUCAAAGAGGAACUAAACUUUGUUACAGUCGACGAAGUCGGCGAUGAGGAAGAAGAAAACACUUUCCCAGGGAAGAACCCGCCCGAGGAUGAAGAUGACGAAGAUAUUGUUGCUGUUGCAGGACCAGAAGAAAUGGGAAUUUUAGGAGAUACAAAUCCAGAGGAUGAAAUGGCUGAAAUCUCCAAGCCAAAAGCAGCUCAGCUGGGAUCAGAAGAUGCAGAACCAAAGUCUCAGCAGAAGAAAACGACUUUGCAAGGUGUCCCCAAGACGCAGAGCACUCCCAAAGCUCUGGACAUCCUGGUGCCAAAGGCCGGAUUCUUCUGCCAGAUCUGCUCCCUCUUCUACGCCGACGAACCCUCCAUGAUCAACCACUGCAGGACCCCCCUGCACCGGCAGAACAUGGAGAAAUUCAUGGCCAAGCAGCAGGACAGCGGCGGGGAGGAGCCGAGCUCCAGGUGAUGGAGCUCCCCAGGAACGACACUUCGGGGCCAGUCAGUUCUGUGUGUUUGGAUUUCCUUUGUCAUUUGGGGUCAGGAAGGACCUUCCAUGAUGUAAAAAAUCGGAGCUGGGAACAGACUAAACCCAAAGCAGGAGAGGGUUGGAUUUGUGUCUCCAAUCGUCCGACGUGGGAGAGACUGUUCCAGGUGUCUCCAGGAAAUAAAUGUUCUUACUGUAUAGUUA